AUGGAAGUAGAGUCCGAUAUUGUUUUAGAAAAAGAAAAGGCUGAUAAACAAGAAAAGAAAGACGAUCUUGACCCAGUUUCAGAAAACAAAAAAGCUGAAAAAGAUACAAAUCAAAAUACGAAACCAUCUGUAAUUAAGGAGGAUGAAAAGAAGCUGCUCAAAGAAAUGUUUUCUGAGGACGAAACGAGUGAAAUAGAAGAAGUCACUGAAAAACCGCUUGAAAAAUCUAAAGAGAAACUGACCGAAGAACUCACUGAAAGUGAAGUGGCAAAGGACGCUGAAAAGGAUAUUCCAGUGGAUGAAGCUAAAGUUUCAGAAACUGAGGCAGAAGCAAAUCAGGACAACGUCGAGGAGGUUGAAAAAAACCUGGAGAACGAACCCAUAGUUGAACCCAUGGAUACUACCAACGAAAAUGACCAGCCUUCCGCAGCGGAACUCAUAGAAAGCAUGGACGUAACCGAACUGGAUGAAUCUCCCAAAGAACUACUAGAUUGCGCCAUAGACGAAGUCAUUGCCAUGGAUGGCAAUGAACUCAGUGCAGCCACAGAAGAGUUGAUGAAAGCUUUAGACAGCCCCGGCGUUCUGGCUUCCGAAAAUGCAAUUGAAGAUGAGACUGACUUGGAUGCAAACGAUUUAAUUGAAAAUAUCCCACUGGAAACUCCGGAGCCACCUGAGAUUCUGUUGAAAGAGGACGAGAGCGAGGUAUCGAGUAAGUCGGAUCCACCGACAGAGACUGAACAAAGUGAGACACCUUCGGGCAGCUCCGGCGAAAAUGGUGACACCGAAAUCGAAUCCACCCAGGAAGCCAGUGAGUGUACUGCUGAUUCUGCACAAGACGAGCCCGCCACGGCGCAAAUUGUUGGCUAGUUUGUGUUGAUCAUUCGAGGUCCCGCCGACGAGGAAUCAUAGCAUUGGACCUCAAAACCUUUAACUUAGAUUUUCUACUAGAAUUUAAAUGAAAGACAACUAACACUGCGGAUGUAAAACCAAACAAGAAAAAUCAUUAACACCACAUGUUUCAUGUAAAUACUUUUCAACCAUUUCUAAUGGUAUAUUAUUACGCAAUUGUAGAUCUAUUGUCUUUAAUUGUUUCUUUUUGACUUUUUAUUUCAAUAUACUUCAAUAUUGACUUGUAAAAAAAAAUUUUUCAUAUUAUUUGCUUGUGGGCCUGAUAUUAUUGUGAAUAUCAAACAAGCGCUAAGCUCAGCUAAGUUAACAGCUUUCAGAAUGUCUGAAAGUGCACAAACUAAAAUAAUGAUUUCUCUCGUAUUAUUUGUAUCAAUCAUUGGACUUUUUAAUAAUUGCGCAUAACAAUAGGUUAAGUGUUGCAUUUUAAAAUGCAUUGUUAUGUUUCCGAAAAAGCUUAAAAAGCCUGAAUUUAUCGGGCUAUUCAAGAUUUGAAACAAUAUUUUUAGCUUCUCUUAAUGUUCAUUCAUACUUGGGUAACCAGAAAUAAAUGGAAUACGACAGCCGAUUGAAAAUAAAUUAGUAAUUAAGUUAUUAAUUGAUAUUGAUAUAAAUGUGUAAAUCUAAGCUUAUCUUAUGACUAAUAAAAGAUCUAAAGAACUAGCAUUAAAUGUAGUCAAUAUCCUAA